AUUCGGUUAUCAUUGAAGCUAAUUUAGCUCCAUAUUUUAGUUAAAUGAUUUUCGAAUUCAUACGUGAAUCUUUUUUGUGACUUGUGUUUUGUAAAAUUUUAAGGUAAAUGAACUUCUUAGCCACAUAAGUUGAACGUUUUCCUUAAGAUUCGUUAUAAAGUGAUUGUUUAUGUCUUGGUGUUCUUGUUUGUUAUUUUCAUAAAAAUUGGGAUUGUUUAAGCGCAAUAAACAACUCUUGAUUUAAUGAAAAUAUGUAAUGUUCUUUUAUGUGAAUAGAUUAAAAUUCNUUCAUGAAUACUUUGUGCAUGGGAGUUAGAAUGAAAGAAAGAUUCGCUCUUUUAUAAACUUUUUCAUCUUUUGGAAUCAUUGUUUGAGCGCUUGAGGUACCCCGUUCAUAAAAUCAGGGGGAACCAUGCAAACAGCGCUAAUUCUUCAUCAUCAUGGGCAAAGACAAGAGCAGGGCAGGAACUUCCGGGAAAUCCAAUCCAAAUCCCGCGCGCCUGCAACGACCUCUGAGGAACGCCUCUACUACGGCGACGGGUCGUACCUAUGGUUCGAUUCCGAGGAGGAGUGCACCCGCUUUCUCACCUUCUUCUCUAAACGGGUUGUGGCUCCCCCGCGGAUUGUCCUAGAGCGUUUACCAGAGUUACAAGGCUACGACUUCCUCGACGCACAGCUCCACCAAACCGGCCUAUGGCCGUUCGUCUCCAAGGCCCAGAAGGAGAUCAACCCGGCGCUGAUUCGGGCUUUCUACUCAAAUCUCCGCCGUGAGGAUGACGUCAUCUAUAGCCUCGUCAUGUCCACGCCGAUUGAACUUGUAACACCCACCUUCUGUGGACCCGGUUCACUCGUGACCCAACGGACCGGUAGGGUUACAUGGGGCGGUCCGAGAACAGUCUGUAGUGGAAAACAUUAAUGCUCAUUUAUUAUGAAAACGGUUAGGUUUAAUUGGUGGAAUAAAUUCUAGGGAGUUAC